AUGUGGACUGGCGUGCUCCUCAUCACUAUGGGAAUAGUGGAUUUAAGCAUCAGCCAGCAUUACAGCCAGUUCCAGUGGCUGUCCCGCCUGCGCCGGCGGCAGCGGCAGCGACACGCCGAGGACGCGGACUGCCCCCUGGAGUGCGACUGCCCCUCGAGCUUCCCCACGGCCAUGUACUGCAACGGCCGCAACCUCCAGCAUGUCCCCUACGUCCCGUCGCACGUCAAGUACGUCUACCUGCAGCGUAACCAGAUCGCCGGCAUCCAGGACGGGGUGUUCGACAACGCCACCGACUUGGUCUGGGUCGUGCUGUUUCACAACCGGCUCGACUCGGGCAAGAUCGGCUCGAACGUCUUCGGCAAGCUCCGCAACCUGGUCCGGCUCCUCUUGGAUCACAACCGGCUCACGCGAGUGCCCCCAAACUUGCCGAGGUCCAUCACAGACCUGCGACUCGGCCACAACGAGAUCUCGAAGGUCCUCCCCGACUCGUUCGAGGGGAUGGCCGACCUCGGCACCCUUCAGCUCCGAGGAAAUAUCAUAGAGGACGCCGGAGGUGUGUUCAAGGGACUGAAGUCUCUGACCGUGCUGGAUAUGAGGGAAAACCGUCUGAGGAAGAUCCCCGACAACCUCCCGGAGAGGCUGCAGCAGCUCUACCUGGAGUUCAACGACAUAGAGAGCGUGCCGGCGGGCUUUCUCACCACGAACCCCAAACUGCAGUUCGUCCGCUUGGCUCAUAACCAGCUGACAGAUGAAGGACUUCCAUCCAAUGUUUUCAACGUCAGCACGCUGGUUGAGCUCGACCUUUCGUUCAAUAAACUGGAGAAGAUCCCCGUUGUCAGUAGGAACCUGGAGAACCUUUAUUUACAUGCCAAUAAGAUCAAAGAGUUCUCCUUGAGCAGCUUCUGCGGCCCGAUGGACAUGACCAACUUCUCCCGGCUGAGGAUGCUGCGUCUGGAAUCCAACCAGAUCAGCGCCGGGGACAUUCCUGCCGAGGCCGCCUACUGUUUGCGGCGCGUCGCCUUCAUUGAUGUGUAG